AUGAUUUUUGAGACCAAAUAUUUUAAUGUAAGCUUAUAUCUUAUCGUCUUUAUUUUGACAAAUGUCUGUUCGACAGACCCAACGAAGACAUCACGCCUCUCUUCUCGACCAUCCAAAAAACUCUCUCUGGUUGAUAAAUCCAAGCGAGUAUGCUCUUUCAAGUCGGACCUAAACUCGGAUCUCACUUCAGACCUCAAAUCGCGUCUUAUUUCACUACACAAGCCCGAUCUACAAACUUCACUCUCCUUGGACUCUCUCAAAACUGAUCGCUCAACCAGCCCGACCAUCUUUGUCUCUAACCGUGUACCUUUCGACCAAAAUAAUAAUGGGAACAUGAAUGGACCUGGUUUUGAGCAAACCAGCACUGGCCAGGGCGCCUCCACUUUGCCAAGUCUUGGGCCCAAUCGGUUUUGGGGUCGCCGCAAUUUGCAUUUGGUUCAUCCAACCAGGCCGCUUUCUCUUCGUGGACUUUACCUGCCUGUGGCUACUGCUUUAAGUACAGAUUCAAUUGACAACGGUUCUUUGGGAUCUUCCACGUUAGUUAAGGACAUGCAGACACCACCUAGCUCAUCAUCUACGAACUUGACAGAAGCGGGUACAGCGACACUACCAGAUAGUCCUGCCAGCACAUACCUUCUGUCUGGAGGUUCUGGCUUGAGCUCUGCUGGAUUUGGGCUUAGUUCCGGGACCGGAGGAAGUGGGGCGCCAGGGCCGAUUCUAGCUACUGACACUGCUGGGUCGCUAGCAACAAUGCACGACCUGCUGGAGUGGCAAUGGGAUCAAGCUAGCAGCUUACUUAUGCAACAGGCUGAGGGAUCAGACAGUCAGUAA